AUGAUAAAAAUAGAUUCGUCUUCCAAAGAUACGGAUAUGGAGAUCGAUUAUGCCGAAAGCGAUCAAUCUGAUUGGAAUGAAGCUGGAUAUUUUGAUGAAAAUGAUCCAGAAGAACAGGAAACCCGCAGAGAAAAAACAGAGAAAAUAAUGUUAUCUGAAAAAAUAAUACAUAAUAAGACUGAAUCAGAAUUGAAAAUCACUUAA